CAGGCGCAGUGCUGCUGGUCCCUGGGCGGCUGCGGCUGACAGGAGCGGCGGGACAGGCGGGCCGGUGGUGGUGCGGGACGCGGCCAGGAUGAACUUCCUGCGCGGUGUGAUGGGCGGGCAGAGCGCGGGUCCGCAGCCCUCCGGAGCCGAGACGAUCCAGAAAUUGUGUGACAGAGUAGCAUCCUCAACCUUACUUGAAGAUCGCAGGGAUGCUGUACGUGCACUUAAAUCGCUUUCAAAGAAAUACCGCUUGGAAGUUGGCAUUCAAGCUAUGGACCAUGUUAUCCGUGUUCUCCAGACUGAUCGUUCAGAUUCUGAAAUAAUUGGCUAUGCUUUGGAUACUCUCUACAAUAUCAUAUCGAAUGAUCUGGAAGAAGAGGAACAAGAGGAUUCUGAAGAAGAAAAUUCACAGAAGCAAAUAGAAGACCUUGGAAGUCAAUUUACAGAAAUUUUCAUUAAGCAGCAAGAAAAUGUCACUCUUCUGUUGAGCUAUUUAGAAGAGUUUGAUUUCCAUGUCCGGUGGCCUGGAGUGAAGCUUCUGACCGCGCUGUUGAAACAGCAGGGCCCCCAAGUUCAGCAGGUCAUCCUAGUCAGCCCUAUGGGUGUCUCGAGGCUGAUGGACCUGCUGGCCGAUUCUAGAGAAGUUAUACGGAAUGAUGGUGUCUUGUUACUUCAGCAGCUGACAAAAAGUAACGCAGCUAUCCAGAAAAUAGUUGCUUUUGAAAAUGCCUUUGAGAGAUUGCUGGAUAUCAUAACAGAAGAGGGAAACAGUGAUGGAGGCAUAGUGGUAGAGGAUUGUCUUCUCCUGUUACAAAACCUUUUGAAGAACAACAACUCAAAUCAAAAUUUCUUUAAGGAAGGUUCCUAUAUUCAGCGUAUGAAACCCUGGUUUGAAGUGGGUGACGAGAAUGUUGGGUGGUCAGCCCAGAAAGUGACAAAUCUUCACCUGAUGCUGCAGCUGGUCCGGGUGCUGGUGUCCCCCACAAAUCCCCCUGGUGCUACAAGCAGUUGUCAAAAAGCCAUGUUUCAUUGUGGAUUGCUUCAGCAGCUUUGUACAAUCUUGAUGGCCACUGGUGUUCCUGCGGAUAUUCUGACUGAGACCAUUAAUACCGUGUCAGAGGUGAUUCGUGGAUGUCAAAUGAACCAAGACUACUUUGCUUCAGUAAAUGCACCUUCAAACCCACCAAGGCCGGCCAUUGUUGUGUUGCUGAUGUCCAUGGUCAAUGAAAGGCAACCCUUUGUGCUUCGCUGUGCUGUGCUGUACUGUUUCCAGUGCUUCUUAUACAAGAACCAGAAGGGCCAAGGAGAAAUUGUGUCCACGCUUCUCCCUUCAACCAUUGAUGCAACUGGAAAUUCAGUCUCAGCUGGCCAGCUGUUGUGCGGAGGGCUCUUCUCCACAGACUCUCUGUCCAACUGGUGUGCAGCUGUGGCACUAGCGCACGCUUUGCAAGAAAACGCCCCUCUGAAAGAACAGUUGCUCCGGGUGCAGCUUGCAACCAGUCUUGGAAACCCACCUGUGUCCUUGCUCCAGCAGUGCACCAACAUUCUGUCUCAGGGUGAUAAGAUCGACAGACGGGGAAGCAAAGUGCAGACCAGGGUUGGGUUGCUGAUGCUUCUCUGCACCUGGCUGAGCAACUGCCCCAUCGCGGUGACACAUUUUCUGCACAAUUCGGCCAACGUUCCAUUUCUGACAGGACAGAUCGCAGAAAAUCUUGGCGUAGAGGAGCAUGUAGUCCAGGGGCUCUGUGCACUUUUAUUAGGGAUUUCCAUUUAUUACAAUGACAACUCACUCGACAGUUAUAGAAAAGAGAAACUAAAGCAACUGAUUGAAAAGAGGAUUGGCAAGGAGAACUUUAUUGAGAAGCUGGGAUUCAUCAGCAAACAUGAACUCUAUUCCCGAGCAGCUCAGAAACCUCAGCCCAACUUUUCAAGUCCCGAAUACAUGAUGUUUGAUCAUGAAUUUACUAAACUGGUAAAAGAACUGGAAGGUGUUCUAACAAAGGCAAUUUAUAAGACUACUGAAGAGGAUAAAAAGGAAGAAGAGGUGAAGAAGACAUUAGAACAACAUGAUAACAUUGUGACACACUACAAAAGUGUCAUUCGAGUCCAGGACCAAGAGCUUGAAGAAUUGAAGAAGCAAGUAGCAUCUUUAAAAGUGCAAAAUGAACAACUGCAGAUAACGGUAACACAGCAAGUGUCACAAAUCCAGCAACAUAAGGACCAGUACAAUCUGCUGAAAGUACAGCUAGGAAAAGAUAAUCAGCACCAUAGUUCCUGCAACGAUGUGGUUCAAAUGAAUGGCGUUCAGCCAGAAGAGAUAAGCAGAUUGCGUGAGGAGACAGAAGAAUGGAAGCACAAACUUGAACAGCUUGAGGAACAGCUAAGAGAAAAGGAUUCUUUGAUUGAAAUGCUGAAGCGCUCACCACCCCCAGCAGGAACAACUGAGGGGUCUUCACAAACGAAGAGUGGUCUUGAGGUGGAGGGUGAACUGCACAGGGAAGUUGAAACCUUGAGAGCGCAAAUCCAGUCACAGAGCACAGACAUGGCCAAACUGCAGACUGAGAAGCAAGACCUGCUUCAGCAAAUGCAUGCAGCUCCAGCCUCUUUGCCAGGAGACGGUGCCACAAAAACAGCUGACUUGGAAGGGAAGAUCGCGGCGCUCCUGCAGGAGACACAAACAUUGAAGAAUGAAAUUGUAGGUCUCAUGGAGGAAAGGACAUCACUGAAACAGCAGCUGGACUCUGCCAAUAGCACUGCGGCUAUUUUGCGAACUGAGAAAAGUGCAUUGAAGCAGGAAGUGGCAGAAUCUAAAAAAGAGCAGGAUGACCUUUUGGUUCUUCUGGCUGACCAGGAUCAGAAAAUAGUUGGACUGAAGAAUAAGCUCAAGGAACUUGGAGAACCGGUUGAAGAUGAGGAUGAUACCGAAUCUGGGGACCAAGGUGAGGAAGAUGAAGAGGAUGGGAAAGAAGAGAGAGAAGAUUAAUUGGAUUUUAAUAUGUCUGAUACAAGCAUCUCGUGUUGCAUUGAAAUACCAUUCAACGAUAGCCUUGAGAUGCAGGACACCCAGUUAUGAGCUGAUUCUACUCCUGAGUUUGGGAUGUUGAGAGUUUCUGAUGAUUUGUAGCCAGAACGGAAGGCGGCCAUUUAAGUUUUUUGUCCACAUCAAUAUGUGAACACAUUAGAAGCUUUUUGGAGGCUGUCAAAGCAUGAAAGGUGACCAUGUGGUGAACUUUGCGUGUUGCCAUUCACGUAUGUUCAGUGCGUUUGUCUGUCACUUCAUUCUUUUGGAGCUCCGAUGUGACUCCAUAUGCCGUGUUUGUGGUUCCACAUCUGUCGAAUGGGUUUGUUGCUUCCUGCAUUUGGCAUGGAGAGAUCUGGUGGAACGCAUGAGACUGGGCGGGGCGGGGGGGGUGUUCCCUUUUGAUUUCCUCCUCAGCACUGAGUGCCUUGACACCUGACAUGGCUGCAUAUUCUGGGCCUUAGGAAAAAGAAGCUGGAAGAGUCAGCUUAUUAUGUGGAGGGAUUUCCAUAGUGAUGAAGCAGCAUUUGGUAGCAUUUUAAAGCAGUCUUUUUAGAAAACUCAUGAGAAAGUUUAACAUGCUGCCAGGUACUUGCUUUAAAAACCAAGCGUUUGUUCUAAAAAUGACAUAUGUUGUUUAUAAUUUAUUGGCUCUCAUGCCUAAUGGAUAAGAUUUUUAAAAGAAAAAUUAAACACAGAUGCUGCACCUACUUGCUGUUUUGGUAAUAAAAAUAGAUGCUAUAAUCAUUUUAGUAUUCAUUCCCUUGAUUUUAGUUAUGAUGAUUGCUUUACAGUCAUAAAGGCUGUGUUAUUUUUAAGGGGGGGGGGGCUUAUUAAAACAGGUAGAAUUUUCCACCAAGGAAACUGUGCAAGCUUUAUGGAGAUUACUGUUUGUUUCAACAUUUGCCACAGCUAGCAGAAGAGUGCUUCUUAAUCAAAAUCAGCAGGAUGCAAGCCAAUCUGUGAUUCCUCUUUUUGUUAUACAGUAUAUAUUUAAGAUAUUCUAUUUUGUAAUUUCCAGUUUGUUGCAAUAUUGGUAACAUUAGAAGUAGAUUGAUUGCAGAAUAAAUUAGAAUGCUACCUCUA